GGUCGAUAAACGUGGUCGGGGUUGCGCACGGAAGCAGCGAAUAGGUCAUCGCACGGAAGUCGGUUCGUUCCGUCGGUAGCCGCGGUCGAGAUAAGUCGGGCCCCUCUUGUAAUCGCUCGCUUCCCCUCAUACUCGACUUAACAUUCCAAGGCUCGGAUCCGUCUACCCGUCUCUCCGACACUGCUCCUUGGUGUGUCCGUCUGCUAUCUAGCAAGUACCUCGAGUUUAGCGUCCCGCGAGACACCGCAUCACAGCAAACGUCACCAUGUACGCCUGCAGCCGAUUCAUCGCGCCUGUCGCCAAAUCCACCCUGGUCUCCGGCACCAAGACCUAUCUGCGGCCACUGAGCAGUGCUGUAAUCAGUCAUAGCCAAUACUUACAGCAGAAUCAAAUUCAGACGCCCGUCAGUUUGUCGCCUAUUGUGCGCAACUUCAAAACUUCCACAGUCAGUCGUGACAUCGAUUCCGCUGCGAAGUUUAUUGGCGCCGGUGCUGCUACCGUGGGAGUAGCGGGAUCUGGUGCUGGAAUUGGAUCCGUGUUUGGUUCGCUGAUCAUCGGCUACGCCAGGAAUCCUUCCUUGAAACAACAACUAUUCUCGUACGCCAUCUUGGGCUUUGCCUUGUCCGAGGCCAUGGGUCUAUUUUGUCUUAUGAUGGCUUUCCUACUCUUGUUCGCCUUCUAAGUCGCGAUAUCCGCAUAAGAUACUGCUGAUAUAGUUUUUAGUGCGUCACUGCCAAGGCAGCGUCGUCUGGCUCAAUGGGAAAGGCGGCGACUGUCUCUGGUUGCGCGGGAUGCCAUGAAAUCAUUAGAAAAGCUCGGAUUUUUCAUGGUUUGGCGGGGCACGACGGCACGGCAAUGAACAAGAAAUAAUUUAAAACUAUAACACGUCUCGUUGUGUGGACCGCUCUGGCCCUGUCCAAGCCUUCAGCUUGUUUAUAAUUAUUUCAUGGCCUACUGUCUCAUGUAGCGUAUAACUCACAUUGUUAUGAAAUACUGGAUUUCAUUGUAACGAAUGAAUAAGACAUUGAAAGUUGAAAUUACAUUGAAAAAAAAAGAAAACGACAGCUCCACCCGCAUACCAUACAUGCACGUACGUACUCGCUCUCUUAGAGUGUCCUAUGUGACGUAGUACAUUUUUCGAUGAACUUUUUGUCAUCCAAAGGAUUCAUCAUUGUUGUGCCGCCGUGUACGCACGUUAUGAAGGUAAUUCUUGACGAGAAAAGAAAAAAACUGUACAGUAAUACCGAAUAAACAUCUUUGUCGUGAAA